AUGAUCCGACGUACCUUCUCCGGUAUUACUCGCAUGGACUUCCAAAUAUUCUAUGGGGCCUACGUCAGACCGCUCCUGGAGUACGCCAACGAAGUUGUCUACUCAGGACGUACGAAAGACGUUACCCUCAUUGAGCGUGUCCAGCGGGCCGCCACGAGAAUUGUUGCCGGCCUCAAGUCCGUGGACUACGAAAUGCGUCUCGCGAUGCUUGAUCUCUUUCCCCUGGAUUACCGUCGCCUCCGAGGGGACCUAAUUCUUACCUAUGCCCUGUUUGAACAAAGCUUGGCAAACAGGUUUUUUACCGUUGACCCAGCAAACACCCGGCGGGGACAUAGUGAACGACAGCCACUGACCGACAAGAACAAAACCGACCCGGGAAACUUGGGCAAAAGCCUCGAUCCUGUGUAUCAAUCCCCACUCGCCGUAGAGAAGCGUUGUGAUGAAUUCACAUCUCACGGCGAAAGUACAGCGCCGUUGAAACUUUCGGAUAGCAAAAAGACCACUGGAGUUGGUUCGCUUUGGAACGAUGUAGUUGAACGUUUGGAACAAUCCGUCCAGUCUGGUCUUAUUUCUGGUGAUGCGUCUGAAGUUCUUCAGUCCAUCAAGUUGCUCCGCCAAUUCGCUGUUGGUAGUGCAAUGAACAAGUGUGUGAUUGGGAAUAGUGAUAUCAUUCGACCUCGAUUGUUACAACUGCUUGAUCGAAAUCGGUGGUGGUCUGAAAAGGACUCAAAUGUGUGUGUGGAUUUGUGUGGCCUGAUCAAUAGCAUUGUCCGUGAUUGUUCGGCCCUUUCGGAGAACAUCCUGACCCGUUCAGAUAUUUUGGUGCAGCUGAUUGAAGUCAUACUGCACUCGGAUACGGAUGCUCUUUUGCAAGAAUCCUGCCUCCUUUUGUUGCGCAGUCUUUUCGGAGCCGAGGAGUUGAGUUCCGUUCUGUCUCAGACCACUCAGAUCAAAUCCAGACACGCCGCUGCUCUACGCUUGUUCACAGAUAAUGUCAUACGCAGAUUGAUUACCCUCUGCUGGCCGGGACUGCAGUCACCAACGGUUUCGUCUUCCGCUCAACGACUCACAGGGAAAUCUCGGUGCUACUUGAUGCAGCUACUAUCUCUCUUGGCAACUGACCGUCAACUGGUUGGGUGUUUACGUCGUUGUGAUGCUGUUCGGCUUUGUCAUCACGUGAUUUUGACAGCGGUGUGUGAUCACCCUAAAACGUGCACCUUGGGAUUAACUCCCACCGGUUGCAAAACGCCUGUGAACCGUGUUGCCUGCAUUCGUGCAAUCGAUCCGGCAAACCAACUGGCCGCGAGAUUCGCGCUGAAACUCUUGGUACACCUGUUCUUCCAUGUACCAGACGCACUGGAAGCGUUUAGCGAAGUUUUCCCCGAAGAUCAGCACCCUUCCAAACUGCUGUACUGUUAUGGCCAACUUGCCGGUUCAGUACCACCAAACGUCCCUGGUGUGUCUCAUCAAAUACCAUCGGGACACCGUAUAAAGCGAAUGCGAAAAUUUGUAACAACAACCUCCCAAGAUGACCGAAAAGCCUCACCUGCCAGUGUUACAUCAAAGCCAUCUGCGGGAGAUAGUCCAGAACAUGUGAGAAUACCGGUUUCGUCGUGCGCCCCUUCGGCUCAUGGAACUCAAGUUUGUUUGGGCCUUCUGCGUGGUUUAAUCUAUUGGCGGUUGCUGAAUCAACCCUCGUCCCAAAGUGUGGACGCGAUCGAUCAGUUCGGUAAUCCAGUUACUUCAACCCCUGGUCUUGGACUGUCAGACGAUGAUGUGGCUCUCUUGGUUAUCCAACCACUAACCGACGCUUGCCUGCACACAGACGACAUACGAAUCCUGUCUUGGAUCUGCCACGUAUUGGUUUUGGUUCUGGGUCGACGACCUGAACUGCAUCAGUGGACAGUGUACGCGAACUCGUUCAUUCGCGAGGUCGAUGUUCGUGUAACCUCGCUCAUCAAGGCGGUUCAAGCUGCUUCCAACUGCCAUAGUCACGUCCAGUUUGUUGAACAUCUGAUCCCGCUGGUCAAACUUUUCGCCUGUUUGGCAUCCAGCUGUGAAAAUAUUCGAGUGCUGUUCGCCGAAGUUUACAUGUGUGAAAAACUCUUUGAGUUCACCCUUCGCCUAAAGCCAAUGGGAUCGGAACACGGGAAUCUGAUGUUGGAAUUUCAGCUAGUUGAGGACAAUCUGUCGGCUGCUUGUCGAGGACAGAGCCUCUGUGCCCACGUGGUUGAGGCCGCUUCAUGUGCUCUGGUCAACAUCUUGUUACCUAUGUCACCUGGUAGACAAAUAUCUCAGUCAAUAGUGGAACGUUGUAUCUCUGUGUUUAUCCGCCUGAUUAAUGCAAAGGAACAGCAAGAUGUCUCAGCCUCAUCUGCGAGUUCAGAGACAGUUGACUGCAGUCUACCCGAAUUGACACCUGACCUUCGCUCAUGCAACACGCUACUUUCUGAUCGGCUUCAACACACCUUGACCGUAUUUCGACUGAACGGAGUUUGGGGCUUGGCCAAUAUAUUGCACAGUGCACCGUCCAGUCUAUGUUCGGAGUUGUUCGAGCGAUUGGUGACAGAUGGAGCGUGGCUUGAACUGGUUCGACCUAUUCAAUCAGCGCGAGCUUGUUGGUCUGGUUCUUCGACUGCUGCCGCCGUGUUUGGAUCUUGUGGGUCUAGUUCCACUCGAAGGGUUUCGUGUGACUUUACUUCUGGUGUGGAUAAUUCGCAUUCUAGCGGAGCAGGGCAAAAUGUCCAUGUGUCUGGGACUUUGAGAGCAUCACCAUUUUCAGACCCAUCCUUACUAUCCCACAAGGACGGUGUCGAUAUACCCCCCCUGGUCACUGCUGAUUCAGUCAAAUCCAAUGUGGUGAUUUCCAAGUCAGUUGACAAUACGCAAGAGACAACGACUAAAGUCCGCUCUUCGCUGAUUGAAUCUUUUCCUAAAGAUGAGGAGUCGCACGUCACGAUUCAGACUAUGCUCCUCUUCUAUACCCUCAUGUUGCUGCGAAAUCUGCUGCGGCAUAGGAAGGCUAUCCUAGUUCUUGCACAUAUCGCAAACGGACAGACAGCUUUGGAACAGCUUCAUCGUAACGAAGAUCUCAUUGAGAAACUGAAAUUGUUCAUGCGCUCACCGGAUAGCCACAUCAAGGCCGCAGCACUGACCGCGACAUUCAACCUCCUGGGCCUGGGACGUGAGGGCUGUGCUUCGCCGACGUUUCUAAGCCAUCUUCGAGACCCUGGAAAUUCGCUGCUCCAUUCUUGUCAUCGUGGCUUGCUGCACCGGCAUCAUCGUCAUAAGGAUCGUCACAGACGCAGACCAGAAUCACAUAUGCCCCCUAGCGUGUCUACCUCGCCUCCCGAGUCGACGAUUCGUAGUGUUGUCACUUGUGUAGCUCAGUCAACUCUCGAAGAAGCAGAGGAAGAGCUUGAAGAGGAGGAGCAAGACGUCGUGCUUGAGCAUGCCUAUAUCACCGAAGAAGUUUCUUCGCACGCUCCAGUCGUGCAAGAUUCUGAACCAACAAGACCACUGGAGCGUUUGGAUGCACGGCCUCCGAGUGGGUGGAUGUUGCAGGACACCACAGUCUCAUUUACACCUACACCGGAUACCUCUCAUGAACCACCAGACUCCGCCAUCAGUAGAAGACACCGGCGCGUUUACCGUUGUUGGCUCUCCCCACCUUCUGUUUCGGCAACGGAAGGUGAUUCUGAAAACUUAGUCACCCAUUCAGAAAGUGCACUUCCUCGGUCGUUGUCCGGCAGUUCAUCAUCCUCCAGCACAUCAUCCACUUCAUGCGCAGAAGAACUUAUGCGUGGCGGAACACAGUUGGCUGACUUGGACCCAACGACAGCGCAAGAUGUAUGCGGUGCGUCUUCUAGCUGUAGUGAGGGAGAGCUGAGGGGAAUGGAUCCUUGCGUUCACGAGGAUGAGGCUGGUGGAGCAGCAACCCACCUAACGGGAAGUCGAGCGCCCUUAGCCGCUCAAGAGGGCCUAGAUGAAGUUGAUACACAAAUCACUCAACUUUCGGCUCCCGUUGUCGAUGGUUUUCGGCGGACUCCUGAAACGUCCUCUACCCACUCGAAUAUUACCGACACUUCUCGGGGCAACACAAUGUGUGAUUCAUCUUCCUCCAUACCUGAAUCAUCGAAAGUCGAUGAGACGUCCCCUGUCCUUGUUAAAUCCUCACCCCCCUCCGGAUCCAAACGAUCCUCUGUAAGACGUUCUCGCAGAGACUGGGAGGCCGGUUUCCGUCAUGUCCUCCUACCGUUUUUACAAGAACUCGAGUCAGACCAGAUUCUUCGUGGCACCUGGGAUUGGUUGAUGUUGCGCGCGAGCAACAUGGGUCGGCCCAUUCCACUCCAUCAGCUUUUAGUAGCCUGGCAGCGAUUACAUGAUACCAUACCAUCUUCUAGUCUCCUCAAGACUACUACAACAUCACUGGAUUUCGAUGCAUCACUAUUUACUAAUUGCGUGACGGUUGAUGCGUUCCUAAAAAAACUGAAGCAGUCAUCCACCUCCUCAGUAUCCCCAUUUUUGAACUCUCCACGUCAUCGUGAAGGACGUCAUCAUCCGCGACGUCGUCACCAUCAUUGUCACCGACACCAGCUGCGUACCCAAUCGCGGCGUCUAACCGACCAGUUAACUGAGCAUCCGUCGAGUGAAGACGCAUGCAUAUCAACUCCUGUGCCUCCAACUACCACAACUUCCGAGGACUUUGAACGUACAGAUGACGCCUCUGCAUCAUCAUCGUGGGCUCUUCAAUUCGGGUCAGAUAACUGGGCUUUCCUCUACGCUCAGCGACUGGCCCUGAAGUUUCAAGUUCCGCUUCAUGUUUGUUUUUGCUUGGUGCCUUGUUAUCAGGCCGACACGCUACGACACUUUUCCUUCAUGGUCGGUGGUUUGACUGAAGUAGAGCAAGAAUGUCGCUCGCUGAAUAUUCAUUUUCAUUUGCUCAACAUUGCUGAUGGUUUAUCACCCAGUACACGGUCUGAAGGGGCUAAACAUCGCUGGGCUGACGAGGACUCACAAUUGCUACAACCACCCGAUCUCUAUGGUUCCCAAGUGGCCGAACAAUUGAAAUCUCUCGUACAAACUCUGAACAUCGGCUGCAUCGUGACCGACUUUUCCCCGCUGCGUGCACCAACCAUGUGGAUAGAGCACGUUCGUACUCAGUUGCCUCCACAACUUCCAUUUUGUCAGGUGGACGCUCACAACAUCGUCCCUGUUUGGUGCGGGUCCGACAAGUGCGAGUUUAGCGCACGUACUAUUCGGCCCAAACUGUACGAAAAGACAGGUCAAUUUCUCACUGAGUUUCCUCCACUAAUCAAGCACCCUUUCUCUUGCUCUGCUCCAACGUGUCGUAAGAGUGUGAAUUGGAACAAGAUAAGGGAAAACUACUGGGGAGAUUGUACAGUCCAACCGGUCGAUUGGGCCAAGCCUGGUUCCGCUGCCGCCUUCCAGGUACUCCGCUCCUUCAUCGAUGAACGUCUACGCGACUUCGAUGCCCAUCGCAACGAUCCAGCUAACCCCGCUCUUAGUGAUCUUUCGCCUUGGUUUCAUUUUGGUCAAAUGGCUCCCCAGCGAGCAGUCUUGGAAGUUGCGGCUCUACAAUACAAGUAUGGACGGUCUGUGGAUGUUUUUAUCGAGGAAGCUUUUAAUCGACGAGAAUUAGCCGACAACUUUUGUUUCCAUACACCGUUAUACGACCGCUUGCAGGGUGCUCGUCAAUGGGCUCAGGACACGUUGCAUAAACAUGCAGAAGACAAGCGUGAUGUGGCCUUCACCAGGGCACAGUUGGAAAGUUCCGAAACCACUGAUGAUUUGUGGAAUGCUGCUCAGAGGCAACUUGUGCAAACAGGGAAGAUGCAUGGAUUCCUACGUCAAUACUGGGCUAAAAAGAUACUGGAGUGGUGUGCAGACGGUCCUGAAGUUGCAAUUCAGUGGGCAAUCUACUUAAAUGACCGGUACAGUCUCGAUGGAACGGACCCUAAUGGUUACGUCGCGACACCGCAUCUACCGAAUUCCCUGUGCAGAAUAUUCAGCCGAAUACUUAGGCCAGACAGCCAGGCAACUCCAUGUGUGAAUCACAGAACACAAACGACAUGCGUGUUUCCUCCACGAAAUCCAAUCAAGUUAAGAAAACUUGAACGUGACACGGCCAUUGCACCUCAUGCGUUUGAGUCAAGUCACCAACUCCAAACGGUUUCCAAGUCUCAGGUGGAACGGGCGUGCGCCAAAGCACAACGGUACAACAUCAACCGCAGUGAUGAAUCCAGCAUCCCGUCAAUCUCGUUUGUCAGAUUUCAAGCAGGAAUCUCGACAAUGACGCAUCGUGGUCAGCACAACAGAAAACGGAUGCACAUCCUGGUCAAAGAACGCACACAAAGCCAGAAUCUCAACGAUGACGCAUCGUAG